AUGUCUAGCUAUCAAAAUGCCGAGAGUCUCUCCCUCAUGGCCGGUCCAGAAAGGACACCGCUCAAAGUGAAGAUCCGCAAGCUCAUCACUCCAUCCACCCUCUCAUGUGGUAUGGUGGUAGACAUUCUGGAUGCCCCGGGAAAUCUGUCUUUACCCACGACGGCCUUUUUGAAGCUCUAUGAUCGGCGAUUCGCGACACAGCGCCGUCAAGAUCAAAAGGUGGACGACCCGUGGACUCCCGACAUUGACCUUGAGCUGCUUGAAUAUUCACGAAACGGGGAGGCGGGAAAGUUCCUGGUCGACUAUGACGAUGACCCAGAAAACAAUGAGUUCGACGAUGACUGGCCCCGCGCCAGGAAGGAGACGUAUCUUGCAGACCUUAUGAAGGAGCAAUUCGAGACAGAGACCAAGGUUUAUGAUGCGCUCAUCAAGCAUCAAGGAAACUACAUUCCCAAGCUUUUUACGACUGUGAUUCUGGAUUUCAGCACUGAAAAAGACGCGAGCCGACCCCCCCAUCUCUUCUAUGCCUACGGAAUAUUGAUAGAGUUCAUUGAUGGGUUCAUGGCUUCGGAAAUCAACCAGUUUGUCGAGCAAAAAGAUUGGGAAUUCCUAGUGAACGAGGCAUCUAAAGUCGUUGGGGCUGUAUUCAACAACGUGCCUAUUGUUAAUGAAGACAUACGGCCGGCCAACAUGAUGAUUUGUCAAACAGAUGGAGAGCCUAGAUACCGAUUAGUCUUAAUUGACUUUGGACAGUGUGAGUUUAGGGAUGGGGAGACCGAUGCGGAAUGGGGACGAAUAAAGCAUACGCAGGAUGAGGAGGGUGCUAUGGGAUAUGUCCUUGUGUUACAAUUGCGGAACAAGACUGGGGUUGAAGUAAAUACGUGGAUUGAUUUUGCAGAGACAGAAGAGGAAACAUUGCAUUUGAUGUCAAAGGAUAUAGAAAAGACGGCUGAUAGUUAA